AUGAGUUCUGUGAGCAGUGAGCACUCGGACCCUGCGGAUUGGGACGACGUGGAUUGGUACGGCUUGGACGGGGACGACGUGGACUGGGACGACGAGUUAGGGGGAGUAUUUGGGGCAAGGCCCAUUCCACAUGAGGGGGACGCAAACACCAUGCCGUUGGACAUCGACGCUCUCAUGGAGUUGGCGUGCCAAGAGGUCCUGAAGAUGCCCUCACGGGAGGGACAGCUCACAGAAUCUGAGCUUUUACUCCUCAAGACUUACACAGGCUAUCAAGCGGGUCAAGCAAUCAGAACAGCAAAGGAGAAAAUGGACCAUGUUGAUGAGGUGGGAUUUUGCAUUGACAAUACGGGCCAGAUGACAAAGAGAAGUUCUGGGGUACCCUUCCUUACCACAAGAGACAGGUAUUGGGAGCUGGCCAUGAAAAGACAGUGGGUUGAGGCUGCGCAACUGCUACUCACAGUUGGAAAGGAUCUCAAGACACUCCUUCUCAAGUCAGGUAGAAUUUUCCGCGACUUGGCUGGAGAGGUGAUGAAGGAUCCCACAAGGGGGUCCUCUUUCUCUUCAGAGGAGUUGAAUCGUUUACGGGCUAUUGACGAAGAAGGUGGGGCUGUGAAGGUGAGUGCCAUGUUGGGGUUGGUAGCCUCAGUAGAAGCUUUAUGCCUGCGUGUGAGACAUAUGUCAGGAGAUGAUCACACACGGGAAACACGCUCGUGGAGAGGCAUCACAGGUGUGACACUGGUCCGUGCUUUUGAAGCAGAAAGAUGGCCUCUGGCCGCAAGAUUAACUCUUCAACUGAAAGAAGAUUACGAGAAAUUGAGAUUUGAAGAUGUAACAGGAGUCUUGAUAGAUGCUUUGAAGGUCCGCUCGCUUGCCGAUGCCCUAGGGGAACGCACAAGGCCAGAAGAGGACGCUUCAUCAUCCGAAGAAGAGUGGUGA